GGUUUCCCAGGCGCGCGCCUCAAGGGGCUGCCAUAACGGUUAGGCUCCCACAGGCGCGCCCCGCGCCCCAUUGGCCUAGGUCGCUGUGCCCCGAAGCCUCCGCACGUCAUGUCCCUGCUGCGCCUCUGGGCACCAGGGCUUCUCCUCACGUGGCAACCAUUGUGGCUGCUGGUCCAGGCAGCUCAGCCUCUGGAGUCGCCCCAGGACCCUCUCCAGCUGACCGCUGAGCACCCAGGGCCUAUCAAGCCCUGGUCUCUGCUCUCCUCUGAACUCCCACCCUUAUCGCCCCAUGCGCUUACACCCCCGGCAGACCCGGGAGUCUUUGAUGACCUGGGGUCCUCUGCUCGCUCCCAGAUGUUGGACUCACCACGGAAGUUAACUGACAGUUUGCUUCCAUUCUUGGGCAGGGUUUCACCUGGAGAGCCGGCCCCAGAGAUGGAUCAGUUUGCUGUUCAAGAUCAGUUUGCUGCAUCAAGACAAACUAAUUCCGAAAGAGAGGCUCCCAGAAUUGGUUCCAAUGCUCGACUCAAAAGUAAGAUUCAUACUGUCAAUCUGCAUCAGUCUACAGAUCACCAGUCAUUUGAAGUACUUGUUCCACCUCUAGAUAGUCAGAGUGCAAAAGCAGCAAAGUUUAUUGUUUCACCACUGAAUCUGAAGAAGGAUGUAGCUCAGCAUCCGAGAUUUGCUAAAGUUGUUGGUGGAACUCCAAAGCAAUUUGCAAAACUUCAGCUUCAGAACAACUUGCAGGAUGAUUAUGUGUAUCCAAGUACAGAUGUAGCUUCUUCUGGCAACCUACCUCCGGAAUCCCAGGAGAACUCAGAGGAGUCUCCAGAAACUCCUGACCAGGUUGAACCUUCUGUGGAGGCCCAAGAGACUCCUGAGGAGCUCCAGUCCUCUUCGUCCCAGCAAGAAGUUCCUGAGGACCAGGAGGCUCUAGGAGGUGAAGCAUCAAUGCAUCAUAAGCUUUCAUCUCUAAGAAGUGACACUCAGCCGGUUGUCACAAGUAAACCUGCAGAUCUGGUUACCGUAACUCCGCAGGCAGAUAAAGAGAUUCACCUUCCUUCAGGCCAGGAGCAGGCCCCAACCCAGCCUUCAGAGGGUCUUGAAGUAGUAGAACCUUCAUCAACCCAAAAAGAGGCUCCAGCUCAGACUUCAGAGCUCUCUGAACCCUCUUUAGCUGAGCAAGAGACUCCAGUUCAAGCUCCCAAGUCCCCUAUGGAGAAUAUAGCUGAAACUCUACCAACUCUACCUGUAGUUCCAUCUCUAGGUCAGGAUCAAGUUCAUUAUUAUAACUUGCCCAGUGUUACAGGUAGGCCUGCAGAUGUGGAAAUUACCAUAACUUCGGAACCUACCAAGGAGGCCGAAUCUUCUCUAGCCCAGCAGGAGGCCCCAGUUCAGCCAGAGGCCCCAGUUCAGGAGGCUCCAGUUCAGGAGGCCCCAGUUCAGCCAGAGGCUCCAGUUCAGGAGGCCCCAGUUCAGCCAGAGGCUCCAGUUCAGGAGGCCCCAGUUCAGGAGGCCCCAGUUCAGCCUCCAGAGUAUGUGGAGGAGGUAGAACCUUCUCUGACCCAGCAAGAGACCCCAGCUCAGCCUCCGGGCCCUCCUGUGGAGACUGAACCUUCUCUCAGUGAGCAAGAGACCUCAACUGAGCCUUCUGAGUCUCCUGGGGAGGACCAGUCUUCUGAAAGCCAGCUGGAAGUACCAGUGCAAUCUCUAGACUUGCCCAGUGUGACCGGUGAACCUGCAGAUGUACUAAUGACUAUAACACCUGAACCCACUACAGAGGUGGGAACUUCUAUGAUCAAUGGUGAGGCUAUAGUUCCUCCCUCAAUUCCAACUAAUGAGUCAGGACCUUCUGCAUCCCAGCCUGAAGCCCCAACUGUGCCUCCAGAGCUCCCUAACGAUGUAGGUCAAUCUCCAGAAGGUGAGGAUGUGACAGGUUCUUCUCUAGGUUCUGAUCAAGCUGAGUCUCCUACUCCAGAAUUGAAUAGUGAGGUUGAAACUUCAGCGCAACAGGAGACCCUAGAUGAGUCCUCAGUGUCCCCUGAGCAGUUGGAACCUCAGCCAAGCCCCCCUCUAGAGGAGGAACAACCUCCAAUUGAUCAAGAGGUCCCCAGUCAGCUUGAAGAGCUGCCUGAGGAAUCUUUAUCAAGUCAGCAGGAGAGCUCAUCUCUGCCCUCAACGCCCCCCGUGAGUGUUGAACUUCCACCAGUCCAGGAAACACUCCCAACUAAACCUCCAGAAUCCACAUUUGUCCCGACUAUUGCUUCCUUCAGUGAUUCCAUGUCAUUUUCACCUCAAGAUCUAGAAGUAAUGUUCAGAAGUGGGUCUUCAAAUUUGCCUAAAACCACAGUUCAACAUGUGGCUCUGAUAGUUACUGUACCUUCAGAAGCCACUAAAGAAGUUGAGCCAGUUUCCACCCAGCAAGUUACAUUUUAUCCAACCCAGUCGAAUGCCCCUUCCCAGUCUCCAGGAUUCCCUGAAAACUUUGGAUUUUCUUCAGCCCAACAAGCAACCACAACUCAGAUGGAAACUUCAACUGAGGUCCUAAGUCAGAAUCAAGCUCAGGAUUUAACAUCACCCAGUGUUACAUUUCAACCUUUGGACCUGGAACUCACCUCGACUCCAAAACCCACUAAACGUUCUAGGGCGAAGAAGAAGCCUGUCGCUCUUUCAUCGUUCCCUAUAGCUAUUGGAACGUUCUCUAUAUCUCUUCCAACGGUCCCCGUAUUUGUUUUUCCAACCAUGCAGAAAACCUCAACUUUGCUUCCAAAGUAUCAAGAAGGAAUGAUUCCAACACAAGAAACUUCAACUCAGCCACAGGUCCUAACUGAGAAUCAAGUUCAUUAUUCAACAGUACCCAGCCUCGCAUUUAAACCUGUGGAAGUGCAACUCCCCAUAACUCCAGAGCCCAAUGUGGGGGUUGAACAUCCUACAGCUUUUCCUCCAAAGCCCCAGGAUGUGGAACUCCCCAUAACUCCAGAGCCCAAUGUCAAGGUUGAACAUCCUACAGCUUUUCCUCCAAAGCCCCACGACGUGGAACUCCCCAUAACUCCAGAGCCCAAUGUGGGAGAACAUUCUACAGCUUUUCCUCUAAAGCCCCAUGAGGUAACACUUCUACGUCCUCACCAGGGGACUACAAAUCCUCCUCCAAAACCCCCGGAGACAACAUUUCCACAUCUAGAUCUGGAAACUACAAAUCUUCCUCCAGAGCCCCCUGAUGUGACAUUUCCACGUCCAUACCAAAAGACUACAAAUCCUCAAAUCAACCACAAGGAAACUUCAGUCAUAGCUCAAUCUUUUGAAGUGGAAAUUACCAUAACUUCAAAACCCAACAUUGAUAUUGCGUCUUCUCAAACCUUGCCGGGGAAGCCAAUUCAGCUUCCAGAGCCAUAUAAAGAGAUUAUAGCGAAACCUCCUGUAUAUUAUGAGAUUACACUUCCAACAAUAAGUACAACUCCGGUGUCGGAGUCCUCUAGUGUUGGAGUUCAACCUCCAGACGUGACAAUUACCCUGACUCCACUACCCAGUGUGGCAACUGAAAGUUCUGCAACUCCUACAACUCUUUCAACAACUGAAACAACUUCACAGCAAACAAAUAUGACUGAAUUCACAGUUGCACAAGUGGAGCCAGACCAAACCACAACUCAUUUCCCCGAAAUUUAUGCCACAGAAAAGGAAGAAAAUGUCACCAAGAACACUAGUAUAUGUGAGCUCUGUACCUGCCAAGAUGAGACACUGUUGUGUGUUGGUCUCGCCCCAAUGCAGAAACUCCACCGAGUGCCUGUGCUAGAGCCCUACAGCUACAAUGGCACCUUCACAGUCUUGUUUGGCUGGAAUGUAUGGCUGUGGACUGACAAAAAGCUGUCCAUCAGUCUUCUGUUAUCAAAAGUAGUCUCUUCUUUUUUGACAGUUCAAGAUGCAUCUGUAGGGAAUACAGAAGGAUCAUUCAUGAAGGUGUUACAGGCCCGGAAGAAGAACACUAGCACUGAGCUUUCUAUUGAGCCUGAAAAGCCAGCUUCAGAUAAAAAUGGUGUCACCUUUUCGGGAUUCUUAAAUGAACAGCUAGACUUCAAUGAUGAAAGUGAUGUUAUAAGUGCAUUAAAUUACAUAUUGCCAUAUUUCUCAGAGGGAAAUCUAGAAGACGUAGAGUCAACAUUAUUACCAUUCAUUAAACUGCUUUUUUCAAACGUACAAGAUGGAGGUAAUGCCAUGGAAUAUUUGAAGAACAAUACAAAGAACUCUCUUUCAACUGCAUCCAACAAUCCAACUUAUAAAAACAAAUUAAAGAAGCUUCAUUUUCUGGAAAAUUUGUUAGAUGCAGAAAUUCAGGAAAAAAUUGAUGAGGUGAAAAAAAAAGAAAAAACUGUCAUGCUUAUGCAAUCUAGGCUUUUAGGUCCCAAAUUUAAACGCCAAAUCUUUCAAAAGAAAUUGGAAACUGCCCAACCACAGGAAAACAGCCUAGCAGAGAUUGAGAGUACAAAGAAAAGGCUGCGGAGAGUAAACAGAGUCAUCAAGGGGCCGAAGGGCAUACGGAAAAGACACCUCAAUGAAAUGAGAAAACGGAAACAGAGUGCCUGGGCACUUGCGGAGAAUGUUGCCCAAGAAGGCAGGCUCAGGAGACCAAUCCCAAGGGAACUAGAGCAGCUUCACAAGGUGCGGAGGAGGCCCAGGAAGUUAGUGGGAAACUCCCUCCUGGACGCUUCAUUUACAAAUGAACAUAAGGCAGCAGUCUCUUCUUUUUUGAAACAAUACUCCUUGGGCAAAUCUCCCACCUCCUCCAUUUCAAAAUUACAGCCUGAGAUUAGAAACAAAGCAAAAGACUUAACCUACACCCUUUUUGUUUUAGAAGAUGCAAAUGCUCGAGUUAAAAGCCUGAAGGCUGAUAAACCAGUCAUGCGUUCCAAAAAGACUCACAGCUUUCAUAAAACUUACCCUCUUGCAGCCCACAGAAUACCCAAGGCCAAAGUGAGUCGAAAGUUCAGAAAGGAUAAUUUGCACAAUAGACUGAUGCUUGCAAAGAGGCCCCCAUUCUCUGCAAUAAGGAGCCUCAUAAAUUCCCCCCCACGAGGGGCCUCUUCAUCUUUAGGAGACCUGAAUUCUCAGGAGAAUCCUUUCUCAAGAUUAUAUGCUCUUCCAGAACCUAUAGAAAGUGUUCCUGCAGAAAACAAUACUGCAAAAAUUCCUUCUGAAGGAACUAUUUCUGAAGCAAACAUUACUGUGUUGGAUGAACCCACCUCUGAAAAUGCAACCUAUGAAAACGCUGCUGCAGAGGCUGUAGAUUCUGCUGUGACUCCUUUCAACAUAAUGCCAACUGUUCAACAAACCAAUAAGACACAAUGGGAAUACCUCAACUCGAACACUGACUCACAACCCAAGCCUGAAGACUUAUCCUACCCAUUGACGGCAUCCCCAGGUGAUCAGUUUGAAAUUCAGCUAAACCAGCAUCUUCGGUCCCUCAUCCCCAACAAUGACGUGAGAAGGCUCAUUUCUCAUGUUAUUCGGACUUUGAAAUUGGACUGCUCUGAACCCUAUGUGCAACUGGCCUGUGCCAAGCUCAUCUCCAGAACAGGCCUCCUGAUGAAGCUUCUCAGUGAGCAGCAAGAAAUCAAGGGGUCCAAGGCCGAAUGGGAUACAGACCAGUGGAAAACUGAGAACUAUAUCAAUGAGAGCACAGAAGCCCAGGGUGAUAACAAAGAGCAUGAGGAGACAAGUGAGCUCACAAAAGGAGUCCCGGGAUAUGGUCAUAACAACAAACUCAUCUUGGCAAUAUCUGUGACUGUAGUGGUGAUGAUUUUGAUUAUAAUUUUCUGUGUGAUUGAGAUUUAUUCCCAUAAAACAGCAUCACAAGAUGAUGAAGAAAAGUCCUUAAGGAGCUGUUUUGGGUUUCUGUGUAGGAGAAGCUCAAUGGAAAGUGAAAAUCAGGAGGGCUUUUUCUGGUUAAGGCGGCCACUUUGGCGUAGAGAUACGUACAGACCUCUCAAUGCCACACGUAAGAAAAACAUGGCACAGAAGCUACAUGACAAGGACUCCUCUGAUGAGGAUGAGAUUUUCAAUAAGGAUGCUGGGUUGACUAUGAACUCCUCAAGGAGCAAGAACUAUAUCUUAGUCACCUAUGUAAACCCAGGUCAAAUUGCAUGUGCUCAAUAAAACCUGUUGAAGGAAUGAA